AUGGGUUGUUUUUCAAUUUCUACUAUUCUGUUCUUUAUAGUUCUCUGUGCUCUGUUCUUGCAUGCGCAUUCAACUACUCACUGGCAAGACAUUGAAGUCUUGAAGCAGCUGAAAAAUAGCGUCGACCCCAAUUCAGUGUCACCUGGCUCAUGCCUGAAUUCAUGGGAUUUCUCUGUAGAUCCUUGUGAUAAUCUCGGAGGUGAAAAAUUCACUUGUGGUCUCCGUUGCGACCUUGUCGUUUCCUCUGUUAGCCGAGUCACUGAGCUCGCUCUAGACCAGUGGAAUUACUCCGGUUCACUCACCUCUGUCUCUUGGAAUUUGCCUUAUCUCCAAAACUUAGACAUCACUAAUAAUGCCUUCUCCGGUUUAGUACCUGAGUCACUCUCGAAUCUAGCUCGGGUUCAACGAGUCGGUUUAUCAGGUAACUCUCUAUCCGGGUCAAUUCCGAGUUCACUGGGUUCACUUUCAAACCUUGAAGAGCUUUACCUUGACAAUAAUUUCCUUGAUGGAGAAAUUCCCCAAAGUUUCAACGGUCUCAAGAAUUUGAAACGGCUCGAAUUUCAAGGCAAUCAAAUUACUGGCGAGUUUCCCGAGUUGGAUCAAUUAAUUAAUUUGAAUUUCAUCGAUGCUAGUGAUAAUGCUAUCUCCGGCAAACUCCCGGCGAGUUAUCCGGCUUCUCUCAUCGAGCUUGCGAUGAGAAACAACAGCAUAGAAGGUAACAUCCCGGCGAGCCUCAUCGGACUGAAUUUCGUACAAGUUAUCGAUCUGAGUCACAACAAACUCAGUGGGUCAGUGCCAGCGAGUCUCUUCACUCACCCAUCUCUCGAACAGCUCACCCUAUCAUACAAUCAAUUCGGGUCGGUUCAGGAACCCGGGAUCUCGUUUCAGAAUAGUCAGCUUAUUGCAGCAGACUUAAGCAACAAUGAGAUCCGUGGGUUAUUACCCGGGUUCCUGGGUUUAAUGCCUAGAUUAUCAUCACUUUCACUAGAGAACAACAAGUUAUCGGGUAUGAUACCGACCCAAUAUGCAUUGAAAAUGGUGUUUCCGGGUGAAGGGGUGUCUCAAUUUGAGAGGCUACUGUUAGGAGGAAACUAUUUAUUCGGACCCAUACCGGGUCCAUUGUUGGAUCUGAAAGCGGGUUCAGUCACAGUGAGGUUAGGAGACAACUGUUUGUACCGGUGCCCGUUGAGAUUAUUUUUAUGUGAAGGUGGGGAACAGAAAUCAUUAUCGGAGUGUCAGGCUUUUGGUCCCAUCAUUCCUUGAUUAAUGUGAUAAUGUCUUUACUUUGAGGUCCUCAUUUUCAUUUUGUACUAUAGUAAUUAUUGUAUCGUUUCAAUUUUAUCGGAAGGGACUAGUAAGUAUUGUAUAAA